AAGAAAAUUUUAAAAUCCCUAGCUUCUGCUGCCCAUUAUGACAUGUUAGAACUCUACAGCGCUCAGUCCCCAACCUCCGUCUCACAUAGGAGACCCCCUUCCAUGCUGUCUUGAGCUCCGCCUCUAUAGCUGAAAGCCCAUCAAUCUGCGGCCCACUAGCAACAACCAACUGUGAGUCGUGACCUUUGAUCAAAAACCCGCACUACUUCUACCGCUAGCUCCUAGGCCACUACCAUCGAAGUUCACCUUUAGAUAACCGGAGGUGGGGACUCCCAAGAGAUAAGGAGAAACCUAGGCGCUAAAGCUAUCGCUGAAGCUGCCGAGCGAGGGUCCCAAAUGUCCCUGGCUAUCCUGAAUGAACUCACUGAGGUAGCUCUGAUGAUCUCAGCCACCUGGAUGCAGGGCCUCUCUAUAAUGCGCCAUGAAGGCUCCCGUCUAUCAUCGAAGACCCGAGCAUUCCUGUCCAACCAUAUACGAUAUACCACAUAGGCCAGUCGAAUCCCCCACUCAAUCGUCUGCAGGCGUCGUACCGCUCCCCUUAGCCGAUGUAGUAGAUCAUCCAAAGAUCAUGGGAACUGUCCCUGAAAUAGGCCCGCAGAGCUCCAAAUCUAUACUUCCCGAACAUAACCCAGCAACACAUGACUGAUGGACUCCUCCACUUUCGAGCACCAGGCGCAACUUAAACUGAUCCCCAUACCCCUCUUGACCAACACUCUCCUCGUGGGUAAGCAGCCCCAGGCCACUUUUUAUAGAAACAUGGCCAUAUGAGGGUGAAUGUGCAAUCUCCAAAUCUACCUCCCAUCCAUCUGCCUCACUGCCUCCCCUCCCAUCACCUCACGGAUGUUCGUAAUGCAUACCCUAGACCUGCAUGCAUACCCUGGACCUGCAAUGCAUAGGUUCAAACCUCCCUCGAUGUGAAGGAGGAUUGCCCACCAGCCCGGACCCUAGUCGUCGUGUAAGCACCAUACUUAGCUCUCAAAAAGGCACUCUAUAGACAAGCGGGCUCUAAUAUAAAUCUGGCUGCAUGUCGCACCGCAAAUACCUCCGAUCUCAUCACCAAAGACUGGAUUCCAAAACCUCCCUAAUGUACUGGCUGACAAAGUACCUUCCAGGCCAUGAGAUGCAUCCCUUUCUCUCUCCUUAGCUACCCCAAAUGAAACUCCUGAACAGUUGCUCCAAUGAUCUCAAGAAAGAUACCGGCACAAUGGUGUCUACGAGUCCAAUGAUCUCAAGAAAGACACCGGCACAAUGGUGUCUGCGAGUAGAUAAAUCGAAAUAAAACUGAGAAAGAUAAUUCUGCCUAUCAUCGACAAAGCUCCAAUUUGCCAACCCCCCACUAGUGCAAAUGCCAAUAACGGCCUACCUCUCUUUUAUACUACUCAUUAUAAUAAACCAAUCGAACGGACUAUUGGCUGCGUAUCACGGUCAGGAGCUGAGCGCUGCGCUUCGUUGCGCAGCGUGGCAUGGCCGUCACACAUCCUGCCAGCAAUCCUCUCUCCUGCCUCCUGCGAUGUUAUUCGUAGCGUUUGCUUGCCUUGGUAUUAAGAAAGCCCCGUCGUCACUCUUACGUCCUCUCUCCUCUGCCCUCCACCCUCUCUUCUUUCUCUUCCUCCGCGCCGACGCCUUCCACCGCGCCCCCUGCUCUUCUUCUCUCCAUCCAUCCUCGCUCUCCACCACCUCCCCCAGCAAUGCAGCCCCGCACAUCUCCACGUCCCAUGGAGACCGAAGCACCGAGCCGGACGUGGCCCGCGCCAAUUACCUGAUCACCCACCUGAGCCGCCAGGGCAAGAUGGCCGACGCCCGCCAGCUGUUCGACCGAACGCCCCACCGAGAUGUCAUCUCCUGGACGGCCAUGAUCUCCGGGUACAUCCGGUGCGGCAUGCUCCGUGAGGCCUGCAUACUGUUCGACCGACCCGAUGCCGAGAAGAACGUUGUCACGUGGACCGCCUUGCUCUCUGGGUAUGUGCGGUCGAAGCGGAUCGAAGAAGCCGAGGUGCUCUUCGAGCGUAUGCCGGAGAAGAAUGUGAUCUCUUGGAACACCAUGGUGUCCGCGUAUUCUGUGAAUGGGCUCAUCGACAAGGCCUAUGACUUGUUCAUGAAAAUGCCCACAAGAAACGUGGUGUCUUGGAACACGAUCAUCACUGCCCUGGCUCAGUCAGGGAGGGUCGACGAGGCUUAUAAGCUCUUCCGCCAGAUGCCCGAGAGGGAUGUGAUCUCGUGGACGGCAAUGAUCGCCGGGUUGUCGCAGAACGGGAGGGUUGACGAGGCUCGCACCGUUUUCGAUCAGAUGCCGGAGAGAAAUGUGAUCUCGUGGAACGCCAUGAUAUCGGGCUAUGCCCAAAAUCGGAGGCUUGGUGAGGCUCUAGAUCUCUUCGAUAAGAUGCCUAGUAGAGAUAUUCCUUCUUGGAACACGAUGAUCACGGGAUUUAUACAAAAUGGAGACUUGAAGCGAGCUCAGGAAUUAUUCAAUAAGAUGGACGAAAGAAAUGUAGUCACUUGGACUACGAUGAUAACAGGCUACAUCCAAGACGGGCAGAAUGAAAUGGCUUCGAAGAUCUUCUCUGAAAUGCUGGCCGCUGGUAUCAUGCCUAAUCAAGGAGCUUUCGUGAGUGUUCUGGACGCUGUUAGCAACCUAGCAGCACUCCAUGAAGGAGAGCAGAUCCAUCAGAUGAUAAGCAAAACCAUCUUUCAAUUUGACCCCCUCGUCGGAUCUUCUCUCAUAAGCAUGUACUCAAAGUGCGGCGAAAUCGGUAAAGCCAGAAAGGUGUUCGACCUUUUGGCCCGGAAGGACUUGGUGUCCUGGAACGGAAUAAUUGCUGCAUACGCCCACCACGGCAAUGGCAGGGAAGCGGUCCAGCUGUUUGAAGAAAUGAAAAGAAGUGGAUUCAGACCUAAUGAUGUGACCUACGUGGGGUUGCUCUCUGCUUGUAGCCACUCAGGUUUGGUCGUCAAGGGGCUCAAGAUUUUCAGGUCUCUGAUAAAAGAUGGAUCGAUCCAAGUGCGAGAAGAGCACUACGCCUGUUUGAUAGAUCUUUGCGGCCGAGCAGGACGGCUGGAGGAAGCUGCAAGUCUGAUCGAUGAGCUUAAAGUUAAUCCCUCGUCCGCUUGUGUGUGGGGAGCGCUUCUCGGCGGUUGUAAUGUUCAUGGGGAUGCGAGGAUCGGGAAGUUGGCAGCAAAGAAGCUAUUGGAGGCAGAGCCUGACAGUGCCGGGAGCUACACGUUGCUAUCCAACAUCCAUGCAUCGGCAGGCAGAUGGAAGGAAGCAGCAAAGAUUAGGCUAAAGAUGAAGGAUAGGGGGCUCAAAAAGCAACCAGGAUGCAGUUGGAUUGAGGUGGGCGAUAGGGUUCAUGUCUUUGUGGUGCGUGAUAAGUCUCACAGCCAGACCGAAUCGAUCUACAGUCUGUUGCAACAUCUUCACCACAAGAUGAAGAUGGCAGGAUGGGCUCCCACCAUGGGCUGUACAGUAGAUGAUAGUGAUCUGAUGGUUCUCUGAUCUUUUCUUAUGGGCAGGAUUUGGUUAAUUUAUCUUCUGGAUUGUCUAUUUCUAUAGGAUUGCAGCUGGUGGGCCCUCUCGGUGGAAUACUCUGUGGAUCUUUAAGAGAAGAGACAGUUCUUUCUUCUCCAUUUGUUGGGGCUAAGAUGGUUAUAAUUUUUUUUAUCAUCGUGUGUCUCUAUAAGUAAGAAUCAACUCCACCAAUUAUACAUCUGAUGGGAUUUGAAGCUAA